AUGUGCAUCGCUGAAUCGCGGCCGACCUACAAUGCUUCCACCAAUUCCUGCAGCUGCGAGCCGAUCCCAGGACUCGGCCCAGCCCCAUUCUGCGGAGAUACAUUAUGUAUCUCGGAGAAAGAGCCUGUUUAUAACGUCUCGUCCAGUACCUGCUACUGCGAGUGGAUCCCUGGCCUCGAACAAAGAGAUGUCGUCACCCCAGAGCCUGUUGCUCCUCAGUGUAAUGACAUGUUCUGCAUCGACACGAAGCACCCGGUUUACAACAGCACCUCGCAAAAGUGCGAGUGCCAAUGGAUUCCGGGCAUGGAGCCCACUCCACACAAACUUUGUGCCGACACAAUGUGCAUUUCGGAGAUGGAGCCAAUAUAUAACAUGACAUCAGGUCGGUGUUACUGCGAGUGGCUCCCGUCCUUCUUUCAGAAGAAAGAGGAAGUUGCCGCUUCUUCUCCCAUCAUCCCGACGCCUCCGCCUACUGCUAUUCCAACGCCCGCUAGACGUACAUGCCCCUUGAUCCGGUGCAUUGCCGAAAUGACGCCAGUAUGGAACGAAGAGGCCCAGAAAUGCUUUUGCGAAUGGAUACCAGGGCUGUCUCCAACACCUGGCCCAACGCCAACGCCUAAACCCGGAGGAUCACUUUGUAAGGGAAUAUAUUGCAUCUCGGAACAACAUCCAGUCUAUAACAGUGCUUCUGGGAAGUGCGAAUGCGAAUGGAUCCCAGGAUUGGAACCCUCACCCAUUGCCUCACUCUCACUACCAACUCCACCCAUUAAAACUCGUCCACCUCACGUAUGCCCAAUGAUGGCAUGCAUCGCCGAGAAACAUCCCGUUUACGACCCUGUGACUCAAAAUUGCUCCUGCUACUGGAUUCCCGGCUUGGAACCGGCAAGCGUCACUGAAAGAUCUUCAGACUCAGAUUUAGAAUUAUGCAAAGACACAGUUUGCAUCACCCUGAAGCAUCCAGUCUACGAUCCGGUAUCCAAAACUUGCUCCUGCGAAAUUCCGGAUCCUUUCCCCACUCCUCUCCCUACCCAAUCCUCGAAACCAAAACCGCCUUAUUGGCCUUGCGAAACUCUAUGGUGCCCCCAAGGGCAGCAGGUAACAUACGACAGCACCUCAGACACCUGUUCCUGCAAAGGUUCUCCGAUCAAAGGAAAGCGGGAGACCACCACCACCAUCAGCCCGUCACCUACCCACUCCAUAACUCCCUAUCCACCAAACUCUCACUGCCCUGAUACCGUCUGCGAAGUAGUAGGCACAAUUUCCGUCUACAACCCCACAUCAGAAACAUGCCAUUGCGAUUGGAUUCCUGGCACGGAACCAUCACCUACCGCCCCGACCGAAACCUCGACAACAACCUGCAUCACAUUCCCAUUCCCAGAGUCUAGCGACUCGGUUGACUCUAUUCCAGCAUGCUACGGCGUGACCUGCCCGGAUCCUCUCGAGACACCAAUGUGGUAUUCCGAUCGAAACCCGCAUUGUGUCUGCAAAUCAACUACCUCUUCAACCACAGCCACAGCCUCGGUACCAACUCACACCCUAAUGAAAGCCUCCCUCGACUCUAUCCCAGCAUGCUACUAUGUGCCCUGUCCUGAUCCUCUCGAGACGCCAACGUGGCAUUCCGAUCAAAUCCCGCAUUGUGUCUGCAAAUCGACCACCUCGUCAACCACAGCCACAACUUCACCUACGUCUCCCCCUUCUAAGACAACAAUGGAAACAAUAACAAAAGGACUCACCACUACAAAGCCACCAAAUUCCACGCCCCUGCCUAUGGACUGUGGUCAUUUGAUGUGCAUUCCCGAAAUGCGACUCGUAUGGGACGAGGAGACUGGCGAAUGCGUGUGUAAGUGGAUUACAGGGAUCGGGCCUGGUCAAAUGUGA